AUGACCCCCACUGAAUGUGUUGAGGGUGAGUCUCCACUCUCUCCCCUCCCCAGUCGCCCCAUUCUCUCCUCUCCCCUCUCGCCCCAUUCUCUCCCCUCCCCACUCGCCCCAUUCUCUCCUCUCCCCUCUCGCCCCAUUCUCUCCUCUCCCCUCUCGCCCCAUUCUCUCCUCUCCCCUCUCGCCCAAUUCUCUCCUCUCCCCUCUCGCCCCAUGCUCUCCUCUCCCCUCUCGCCCCAUUCUCUCCUCUCCCCUCUCGCCCCAUGCUCUCCUCUCCCCUCUCGCCCCAUUCUCUCCUCUCCCCUCUCGCCCCAUUCUCUCCUCUCCCCUCUCGCCCCAUUCUCUCCUCUCCCCUCUCGCCCCAUUCUCUCCUCUCCCCUCUCGCCCCAUUCUCUCCUCUCCCCACUCGCCCCACUCCCUUCUCUCGCCACUCACCACCCUCUGUCGUCCCCACCUCGCGUCACUCUCUCCUCUCCCCGCUCGCCAUUCCCCCAUACUUCACCUUAUCUCGCUCUGCCAAGCUUAAUGACGCCAAGUAAAGUCGGGCUAGACUUGGCCGGCGCCAAGCCUUCCCCGUCGUGCGGUGUUUCUAUAUGA